AGAGCAAUAGCCCCUCCAAAUGUCUGCACGUGCCUAGGGGGAUAGGUGGGGGGCUGCAGUGUGUAGGGAAACUCCCUGCAAUGUUAUACUUUCGUUUUCACAUCAUAUAAAUGUUUGCUCUCUUUAGCCACAUUUCUAACCCCAGCCUCUGUGAUCUUCCAAACUUCCUCCUAAAGAUGGAGCGCGUGAUCCUUGGAUUCAUGAUGGUGCACAGCAUCACAGCAUCCGCGUUCACCCUGGACUUUUCUCCGCUUAACCCCGUGGCCCGCGCCGGUGACCGGUUUGUUCUGGAGUGCAGAGCAACAGGGUGCGCGGCGGCCGUUUCUUUCAGCUGGAGAUCUUUAAAAGACUUACCGCUCAACAGCAAAAUCGAGAACAACGGCUCCGUGUCCCGUCAGAUAUUCGACCCAGUUCAGAUCGACCUCAAAAGCACCACAGUUGCCUGUUUAGCCACCUGUGGCGACAAGAUCUUGUCAAAAAGACCGAGUCAAAAAACAACCAAGGUGAUUGUGUAUUCCUUGGAGCAGCCCGAGAUAUCAGGCACCGGCGACAUGGUCGUGGGUCAGGAAUCGGUGUUCACGUGCACGGUACCGAAGGUGUUCCCGUCCAACGUUCUGACGGUGCAGUGGCUACUUAACGACCGGGUCGUCAAGGAGGAGGAGUUUUCGACCUCCAAGGCACUGAGUCUGGAAGAGAUCCAGUCACAGUACGCACACACACCCAGGCAGGAGGAACAGGGACGCGCGUUGACUUGCAAGGCGACGCUGAACCUAACACUGGACCUACCGAAGGACCGGCGGAGCCGCGAGACCAGCGUUGUCAUGGCAAUGCGAUCAACACCAGAACCAACAACAACACCAGAACCAACUGCAACACCAGAACCAACAACAACACAAGUACAAACAACAACACCAGAACCAACAACAACACCAGAACCAACAACAACACCAGAACCAACUGCAACACCAGAACCAACAACAACACAAGUACAAACAACAACACCAGAACCAACAACAACACGAGUACAAACAACAACACGAGAACCAACAACAACACAAGUACCAGAACCAAUACAAGUACCAGAAUCAAUGCCCGCUGUACUGCCUGUCCUGUCGGUCCUAGGCUCCAUCCCCCUGGUGAUGAUCGGGGGGAUUCUCACCAGGAACUUCUGGAGAUCCAAGACAACCUACGACCUUUCUAUUCCCAUCUAGCGGAACACCCCCGCACGGGCAGGAUGGUCUCAGCCGGCUGACUGCACUGAAACACUGGGAUGCUGGACUAAUCUAACUGGUGCCGCCCCAGCCUCGCCGCCCCAGCCUCGCCGCCCCAGCCUCGCCGCCCCUCCCACACUGGGCUGGUCAGGAGCAGGUUGUUAUUCUUCCUGUGUUUUCCCCCAAACAAAGACGGCCUGAUUAAACAAGCCGCUUCCUCAGAUUUAAGUAUUUCCUCUGUGGGCACAUGUAGACUGUAUAUUUAGGAUUACAUGAUGACCGUGCACUGAACUUUAACUUGACUUCAACAGCUGGAGAACACUAUAGGCAGAAGUGAAAGUAUUUCUCGUCACUGUGUAUAGCUCUGGUAGAGAAUUUGUAUAAAAUCCUAAUUUUAAUAUAGAUAUACAGUAUAUUUCACCUGUUAAAUACAUAACAUUUAUGUAGACACAUUUAAUCAAUACAGUACCUUUCCAUCAGAAAAAUAAAACUGGAGAUUGAAGCAAC